UUUUUCAUAAGACCAUUGGUGUUGUUGUGUCUUCAGCGAACUAGAAUUUGAGGAAUUCAUCUUUCUACAAUCCUUAUAUUACAGAUUUUCUGUAUCAAAUACAGUAUUUGAAUAAGUACAUUAAGUUAUAGAAUUUGGCUUCAACAUGCAGUUGUUCAUCCGUGGUCAAAAUGUGCGUGCAUUAGAAUGCCAAGGCUUGGAGAGCAUUUCUCUGAUUAAGAGCAAAUUGGCAGCAUUAGAAGAUGUUGACGAGAAUUUGAUUUCAUUGUACAGUCAAGGUGAACCUUUGAGUGAUGAUCAAAUUAUUGGACAGUUGAAUAAUUUCAAUAUUGAUUUCAUUAUUCCAUUGCUUGGAGGAAAAGUUCAUGGAUCUUUGGCUCGUGCUGGUAAAGUUAAAGGCCAGACUCCUAAAGUAGAGAAAGUUGAAAAGAAAAAGAAAAAGAAGACAGGACGAUCUAAAAGGCGAAUUCAGUACAAUAGACGUUUCGUAAAUGUUGUACAAACAUUUGGUCGUAGGAGAGGACCAAAUGCAAAUUCUUAAAAUGUUAUGCACUUCAUAUAUCUUAAAUAAAUAAUUUGAUAACAUUUUGGAAUUUAAAUUAA